CAAAUGGCACGGGGCGCGGAAGCGGGCGGUUAGUGCGCGAGACGUCCCUGAGGCGUAAGGAGAAAGAGAGGGGCUCCUGCUGCCGCUGCCGCCGCCGCCGCUUCUGCCACCAUGGCCAACAAGCAGAUCUACUAUUCUGACAAAUACUGUGACGAGGAAUACGAGUACCGACAUGUGAUGCUACCACGAGAACUUUCAAAACAAGUGCCAAAAUCUCAUCUGAUGUCUGAAGAAGAGUGGAGACGUCUUGGUGUUCAGCAGAGUCUUGGCUGGGUUCACUAUAUGAUCCAUGAGCCAGAACCGCAUAUUCUGCUCUUCAGGAGACCUCUCCAAAAGGCGGAGCAGAAAUAAGCCAUCGUCUCUUCAAUCUUCUGGAACUAUGUAUAUGAGUGUAUAUAUGUUGGCAGUAUUCAGUGAAUACUUUAAAUUUACAAAACAUACAUCCAAACCUGUGCAUGAGCUGUAUUAUUCACAGCAACAAAGCUCAGUCAAGUGAAAUUUCAAGUAGGCUGCUAUAAUGUUAAAAGAGCGGAUGACUUUAUCUUUACUGUCAAUGUAAGUGCCUCUCUGAAUUAAACUGCAUUCAUGUUUGUGUUGCACAUUCUGGUUAGAUGAUCUUGUUAUCUGUGUUCAGUGACUUUUGCACUCAUCUUUUCUGCUGUAUCUUAGUAUAUUCAAAUCCACUAGUUCUUCUGUUUAGGAGAAAGUAGGCUUCAGAAAUAAACUGCUUUUUGUAUUCU